CCGGCCGGGGCCCGUGGAGCCCGGAGGCGGCGGCGACAGCGGCGCGACAUGGCCCUUGUUCCAGAGGACACUUUCCAUCACAGCACGAACUCUACCUACAGACCGGCGGGAAGCGGCCUCCUCGCUGACCAGGAGGCACUGCUUGAGAAGCUGCUGGACAGCCCCGCUCCCGCCUUGCAGAGGCCGGGAGACCGCUUCAAUGGCGCCUACCUCAUCUUCUUCAGCCUAGGCAUCGGCGGGCUGCUGCCCUGGAACUUCUUUGUCACUGCCAAGGAGUACUGGAUAUUUAAGUUCAGCAACGGCUCCAGCCCCACACCGGGGAAGGACGCUGAGGGCUCCGACAUCCUGAACUACUUCGAGAGCUACCUGGCCAUCGCCUCCACCGUGCCCUCCGUGCUGUGCCUGGUGGCCAACUUCCUGCUUGUCAACAGGGUUCCGGUCCACACCCGGGUGCUGACCUCGCUGACCAUCAUGCUGGCCAUCUUCUUGGUGAUGACGGUGCUGGUGAAAGUGGACACCUCCGCCUGGACCCGAGGCUUCUUCGCGGUCACCAUCGUCUGCAUGGCCGUGGUCAGCGGCUCUGCCACCGUCUUCAACAGCAGCGUCUUCGGCAUGUCGGCCUCCUUCCCCAUGAGGGAUUCCCAGGCGCUGAUUUCAGGUGGCGCCAUGGGGGGCACCAUCAGUGCUGUGGCUGCGCUGGUGGACCUGGCGGCAUCCAGCCACGUGACAGACAGUGCUCUGGCCUUCUUCCUGACCGCGGACGUCUUCCUGGGGCUCUGCAUCGGGCUCUACCUGCUGCUGCCCCGGCUGGAGUACGCCAGGUACUACAUGAGGCCCCUGAAGCCAGCCCGGACACUGCCUGCAGAGGAGCAGCCGCCCUGGGACGCCCCCAGCAGCCCCUUGCUGGCCCCCACGGCCAGCGACGCCCCGACACCGCCUCUGCACCCCAUCCUGAAGAAGACGGCCGGCCUGGGCUUCUGCGUCGUCUACCUCCUCUUCACCACCAGCCUCGUCUUCCCCGCGCUCUCCACCAACAUCGAGUCCCUGCACAGGGACUCGGGCUCCCCGUGGGCCACCAAGUUCUUUGUGCCGCUCACCACCUUCCUACUGUACAACGUGGCUGACCUGUGUGGCCGGCAGGUCACCGCCUGGAUCCAGGUGCCGGGGCCCAAGAGCCGGCUGCUCCCGGCCCUGGUGCUGCUGCGGACCUGCCUCGUCCCGCUCCUGGUCUUCUGCAACUACCAGCCCCGCCGCCACCUGCACACGGUGCUCUUCCGCUCCGACGUCUACCCCGUGGUCUUCACCUCGCUGCUGGGGCUCAGCAAUGGCUACCUCAGCACCCUGGCCCUCAUCUACGGCCCCAAGAUCGUGCCCCGGGAGCUGGCCGAGGCCACAGGCGUGGUGAUGUCCUUCUACCUGUGCCUGGGUCUGGUGCUGGGCUCCGGCUGCUCUGCGCUGCUGGUGCACCUGAUCUAGGUGGCGGGCAGAGCGAGAGCCCGGGGGCUGGCCGAGCAGAGCCCACUCCUGAGACUCGAGCCUGGGACCCUGGCUGGAGCACUCAGGCACAGAGCCGGGCUAUGGCGUCCGGGCUGAGGGUCUUGCCUGGACCUUUUUAUCAGCCUAGCGGCGCCCUGGAGCAGCCUAAGUCGUCUGUCACGGAGCUGAGGCCCCGGCUGACGGCUGGAUGUGAACACUGUCAGGCCUCCCGACCCCGGGGGGGCCCCUCGCUGCCCCAGACCGAGGCAGAGCCCGGCCUCCUGUGGGCAAGGGCACCCCCCGCAGACGGGCACCCCAGGAUGACAGGCCUUCCCGGAACUGCUUCCCUCGACUUGUUCCCUGUUUCUGGCACCAGGUGUGUGCCAGGCGGGCUUUCCGGGAGGGCCUCUUACCGCGGUCAGUGCAGGGCACUGUCCAGUCUGUGUUUACAGCACACCGAGGCCGGGCUUCGAGGUGUAAUAAACAGGAAGUCUCACUGGU